UUGGGUACAAACGUCAGAAAACCACUUCCCCUUUAUUAUUGAACAGUUCGGGAAGAGAACCCAUCAGGCUCCCGUGCAUAAACAGCUUUGGAAUUUGGAGGGAAAAAGGACUACGGAGCAAUGUCGAACAACCCUUCCCAACUCCUCCCAUCAGAAUUUGAUAUAUGGAUUGGGGUUUCAGAGUUGAUAGAUCGAUGCAUAGGGUCCAAAAUAUGGGUGAUUAUGAAGGGUGAUAAGGAGCUGGUUGGAACCUUAAGGGGUUUUGAUGUUUAUGUUAAUAUGGUCCUUGAAGACGUUACUGAAUAUGAGAUCACAGCUGAAGGUCGAAGGAUAACAAAGCUUGAUCAGAUUUUGCUCAAUGGAAACAACAUUGCUAUUCUUGUUCCUGGUGGUUCUCCUGAUCCAGAAUGAAGGAUGUGGGUCAUUUCUUCUUGGCCUCCUUUGUUGAUUUCCACGUGAUGGAUCGUGGUCUCAUGUUUUGUGAGAAUUUGAAGAUCUAAGAUUUCCUUAGACUUCAUACUCGGUCGUUAGCUUUAAAAUUCUAGAUUUGACGUGGUUUGAUCAAAUAGAAGAGGAUGCUAUCAUCUUUUCUUGUGACAAUUGGAUUAGAUUCAAACACUGAAAUAGCAUCAACUUGGUUUUUUCUUUA